UAUACACACAUAAUACCUACAUCUUACAGUACCUAACAUAGAAAAUUUAAGAAAAACAAAGGCAAAAUCCAACUCAGGCAAACCCAUGAUUAUCAGUGGAGUUGGGAUUAUUUUAAUGUCUGAGCUUCCAAGCUUACGGCUUUACUUGUGAGCACGUGUCUUCCGAUUACCAGGUAUUCACCUGCAAUAACAACAUAAAUGUCUCAACUCGGACCCAACUCAGUAGUCUCCCUCCACUCGUUGGGUCUCUCAAAGCUCAUCAUCUAGGUUUUCCUCUUAAGUUAUCAUUACUUUUAUAGUCCUUUAAUAACUCAUUAUUGGGGGAUUCAAUUGGUUUUCUUGAUUUGGGUAUUUGUUAUUUGUGAUAAAGAUUGUUUCUUUUGAUUAACUUGUGAAUUUGCUAAUUGGGGUUUGGUCUGCCUUAUUAAUUUCAACUUCUGAAAUCUAGGGGCGGUUUCUAUUUUAUUAUUCAGUUUUGUGAUGGGAGAGGAGACUUCUAAUGUUGUUAAUCUUGAUUUAAAUCUGGGUCCUGCUCCUGAGGUUGGAUCAUUAUCACUGCAAAGUGAACCACUAAAUUUGGAAAAUUUCAUUCAUGAGCCUAUUCAGGGAUUUAAUGAAGCUUUUAGAAUUCGGGCUUUACAGCAUUGGCGGUUACAACGAUUGCAUAUGCCACAGGAAACGCAUACUCUUUCGGUAGAGUUAGAUCAACUAAUAGGGAGCUCUGGCGAUGUGGGUACUUUACUGCCUGGUGAGGGUAGUACUGCUGCUGAUGAGAGAACUAGAGAGCUGUCAAAGACGUGUGAGGAUAACGGUGGAUUUUUGGAGAAUAACGUGUCUAUGAGAAAAGGCGACGUUGAGGAAGGAAAUGGUAAUUGUGGGAGUUUCUUUGAUUGUAAUAUUUGUUUGGAAUUGGCUACGGAUCCUGUUGUUAGUAGCUGUGGCCAUUUGUUUUGUUGGUCGUGCCUUUAUCGACUAUUACAUGUGCAUUCGGAUUUGAAAGAGUGCCCUGUUUGUAAGGAAGAAAUAACCGUUAAGAAUGUGACACCAAUUUAUGGCCGUGGGAGUAACUCCCGUAAGGCACCUAUAGAUUUGAGUUUUCAGAUCCCCAUUAGACCCCGCGCUAGGCGGGUUGAGAGUUUCAGGCAAGCCAUUUACCGGAAUCCUUUUAGUUUCCCCUUGGAGGAGAUUAUUCGGCGAAUUGGAAGUAGAUUUAAUUUAACACGGGAUUUCAAUCUGUUUCAAAACUCAAAUGGUGCUCCUGAAAUGGUAGAGAGGACUAGUUCCUUUCCAAAUACAAUUAUGACACUUGGGGGAGUUCAAUCCGACCAGAACCCGAAUGUGCCUCUUGAUGACAUAGUAGACCUGACACAUAGUGGAACAACUAGUCCUGAAGUAACACCAGCACGUCGGCUUCGUUCACUGCUACUUCGAAGAUCACAUUCACUUUCUCAAAGACCUUCAGCUCAAACUUCAAUUCCAUCCUCUUCAAAUCCUUCUGAGAGGUUGUUGGAGGCAUUUUUAAGAAGCCAUCCAAUAGGAAUGAAUCAAGAGCAGCCCCAGCCACUGGAUGACAGAGAUUCUUUCUCGAGCAUCGCAGCAGUUAUAAACUCGGAGUCUCAAGUUGACACUGCUGUGGAAAUUGAUUCUAUGGGAACUUUUUCAAAUUCAUCAUCUAGAAGAAGAAGUGACUCCUCGAGAGUGUAUGAUGUCGACAGCGGGGAUUCUCGUGCUCCUAGGAGGAGACGGUUAAACUAAGAAGAGUUCAUCUGGAAAUUCCCCAGGGUGCCAAUAUGUAUGUAAGUGGUAAUACCAUCUCUAUAGUGUUGUUUUGCUUCUGGAGAAAAUUCUCUUCAGAUUUUUUUUUUUCAACUGUCAGAUUUUUCUUGAGAUCAUUGCUUUUAUUUUCUAAAGGAUUUUCUUAUAGCGAAAAGUUGUCCUUAAGCUUCAAAUUUUCUCUGAAAAUAAACUCUGUGCCAACUGCUUAUAACAUAAUAAUAGACUGUUCCAUCACCUUUCUGGCUCUAUCACUAAUACUAGCAUAGGUAUAGGGUUGAUUUAAAAAGUUCAUUAACUGGUAAUUACCUUAUAGGAAAAUAGUUGGUUUAAUUGUGAUUUUAGCAACUAUUUGAAUAGUAUUAUUUAGAUUAUCUGGGAGCAAAUCAGAAAUAUGGAAGUUGCCUAGAAAAUAAUCCGUAGCUUCUUCUUCUUCUUGGAGCUUUUGCUAAUUUUUUACUAUGAUUUCUAAGUUCAAAGCUUUCUUCUCUCCGUAUUAGCAUCAUAAUUUUCACUUCCUCACUGAUCUUUACACAAUUUCACAUCCUUUUUAAACAUAUCAUGUUUGAGCCGCUUAUUGCUCGUGUUGAUGGUUAAAGUACUCAGCCGGAAAAUAAUUUGCAUCAGUUUCUCUUGGAAGUCAUUGAGAAUUAUAUUAAAUCUUUAAAUUAUGGAUGGUAACAUUGUUUUAAAAACCGAACAGGUGGACAAACCGGUGGGCCACCGUUUUCCGGUUUAACUGGUUCAACCGCCAGUUCAACUAGUUGAGUGAAAAAAAAAAAUUAAAAUAAAAAAUAUAGAAUUAGCGAAGGAUUUUAGAUAUUUAGCGAUGAAUUUUUAUGUUUAACAAUCUGUAUGAAAUUGUAACUUGAACUUGUAGCUGUUAUUUUUAAAUGGAACUUGAACUCUUUUGGUUGUCAUUUUCUAUAAUUUCUGCACAGCUGACGGGACAAAAAAAGCCUGCAGAUAUACCCGUCCUGCCAUUUAGCGGGGCAUAUAGUGGGGCGAGGGCAUGUUUUGCCAAAUAGGGAGGGACAGGUAAUGUAAAACCCGCCCCAUACCUGCCUCUUGCCCAUCCCUACUUAAAAGAUGAUAGAUGGGAUUGGGAUAAUAAGUGUGAUUUCUGAAUAUGGCUAUCUUGCAGAUAUGGCAGUUAUAGUAUGUGAAAGUUCCAAGCUGUUCUAUUAUUGUUAGCGCAAAGUCAAUGCGGUUCACUUCUUUCUUACAUUGUGCUGUCUUCCUCAAUUAUUCUCUAUUGUUUUCUUCUUCAUUAUUACCAUCAUCUUGUUUGCUACUAUUCAUUAUUAUCAUCCUCGCUUUCUUCUUGUUCGUGUAACUGACAAAAAGGACUGAAGCGCUGAUAUAUGUUGACUAUUAGAAAUUAUUUAAGUUUAUUUUGUUGUCUAAUUGUUCAUUUGAUUAUUAUAAACCAACACACUUGAAAAAUCAGUUAUGUGACUUCUUUCAUGGGUUGAAUGGCGUAAAAAAAAUUCCGUGAAUUCCACCUUCUUCCAUCUCUGCUUUCCCAUUCCACCUUCAAAGGGGUUCCUGCGGUGCUAUCUGGGAAAAUCAUCUCAUGUUGGCACAAGAAUAUAUAGCGGUUGGAACUUGGAAUGCAUCAGAAGGCAGAGCCAGCUUCUAGUAAGUAAACCUUGCCGAAGGUUCCGAAACAGAAUAGCGAGGUAUAUCUUUGAGGAGUGAUUCAUUGUCUUCCUUUGCUUUCAAGUAUCAGGCUACAUUUGCUUUUCCGCAAAUCAGAGUCGAUGGAAUGGAUGCUUCAUGCGAGAACGUAUUUUGAGGCACGUUCAAGGAAGCUUCAAUAAUAAAAAUUUAAAUCAUCUUCAUAUUACCGCCACAAUGGAUCUGAACCUUUUGCUGCCACCACCAUCAUUGAUACUGGGUAAUCCUUUACAAAAAGAAGUUCUCGUUCCGUAUUCUGAUAGCCAAAGCUAACAACAAGACUCAGUACGGGUGGAAAUAAUGAAGCGGAAAAAGUUAAGAGAUGUACACAGAACUAUAUGCCCUGGUAGUAGAAAUAUUCUAUUGGUCAUAUCUAUUUAUUUCUGAAACAGUUCUUAGGUAUGCAGCUAUAUUGCUCCAUGUUCAAUGCCUAAUCAUUCCUGCAUCAUGCGUUUCUGAAAUAACGACGGCCUCCGUGGCUAAAGGGAUGAACUUGGCGAUACAAUUCUAACCAAGUUAUUCGAAAUUGACUUUAGAAAUAUUUAAAAUCUUUCAGCUACUUAUCAAGUUAAAUACAAGUUUACGUUUGACAGUCUA